CUCGGAAACAUUGCGCAAGCAGUCGUCUUCCUCUCCAGUCGAUUUUCAAAAUUCAGACCUAUUCUUCUAGGAUCAUAAAACAGCUACUGUACGUUCAAAGCGACAGAAAAGCCAUUGAUAGAAGAUGUCGCAGUUGAAAAAGCGAGUUCACGUUUUCAACUGUGAUAAUACGUACAAGCUGGAGCCUGUCGAGAAAUUCCUUGACCAAUUCAGCAUUCGUGCAUGUUGAGCAUGUAGAGAAGCACUCGUUCAGACUUGCCAAAAUGUCUGAAACGGUGGACAAAAUUCCAACCUUAGAGAUGGAUAUGGCCUUUUUCGUGGUUCAUGCGCAUGAAUCUCGGCUCUCGAUCAACGAAGACAACGCGGGCAUUGGUUACGCCAAGAUAUACAGAGCUUUACUGCAAGCAACGGGUAAGGAGCAGAAGUAUUUUCACUUCUUUAUUUUAUUGUAUCAAACACAUUUACUUCCCCUUAAUUACACGUGUUUCGGGAGCAAAGUUCUGUUUAGGAAAGGUAGUGAUUCUUUAAUUUGGUCAAAUAUGCUGCCUAAACUGUUACAUAUCUCACACAAUAAAGACUCGUCAGAUAUCGUAGUUGAUAGCGAAAGUAUAUAUAUUCUAGCAUAUACUUAGACUGAUAUCUUAGUUUGAUCAAGCUCGACGGCUACUCUAUAGCCGGUAACAAACAUCGACCAACUGUUUCAUGUGGCUGCUUCAGAGUAAUACUCGAAGUAAGUUUUCUGUCCGACGUUUUUGUUCCUCAGUUAUCGACUCUCAGGAGUGGGAGUGCUCACUUAAAGGGGAAGGAAUUCUAAGCUUUUUUCCACGAGUGCAAAUAUAAUGUUCCAGGUCUGCAGGGGGUGUUGCUUAACUGUCGAUCAGCAGACCGCAGAACCUCCGGACACAGAAUAAAAUAGCUCGAUUAUGUUGCCUUAAAGGUAACUUAAAGGCUAACAUUAGAAACAUUUAACUCAUCUUUAAGUGAUGUAUGAAAGUUCUGAAAUUAACCUUUGAUUUAGCUUUCAAGAGUCAAUUAAAGUCUCCUUAUGAACCAUUCCAUGAACACUUGAAGAUCACAUGAAAGCAAACCUCAAUAACCGGAUCAAUGAAUGGACUUUAAGAAUUCUCCUAAAUCUCGUAAACUCGUAAACUUCGGGCAACCUUAAAAUUGUUAGGAAAAAAGACACAUGCAAGUGUUUACAAAAUGUUUGAAAUUGCAGUGAUGACAUACUUUUGUACAAAACUCAGUUAUUGCUUCCCUAAGAUAGAGCAAACCACAAUGAAGCGGGGGAUAAAUUAAAUUUAAAAAGAGAUGUCCAAAUGUUAUUAAUUACUGCUAAUUGUCAUACUUUUUUAAAAUUGUUUCUCUUUCGUCGGUGUAUAAUUCAUACAAUCUCAGUCAUGUUAUAUGUAACAGAAUCUUUAUCUCUAAAAUACAAAAAGACUAUAACUAGCUGUGGUAUACAUUACACAAAAAGCUAUUAAUUCACAUACUGUACUCUCAAAUCCAGCGACUAAGAAACAUGAUUUGAACUGAUAAAAUAAAAAAUGCAAGUUUAACCUAUCAUCUAAAAAAUCAGGAUAUUUUUUGUAAUCAGUCUAAAUUUUUUAUAAUUGUAUUAACUAUAUGCUAUUUUAUUACAUAUAUAAUACUUAUUAAAUAUAAUAUCAUACCCUAAUUACUUCAAGCAAAGCGCUAAUACAAAAUAGUUUUAUUAUUCUAAAUGCAGUUUUAAACAUAGAAAUGAUGCAUCCAACUGUGUAUAUCAUAUGUAAAUCAAAUGAAAACUUGAAGAAUUCACAAUUACUCAUUUUAAAAUGGGCCAUAAAAAUUGCCAAAUAACAUGUUUACUGAAUAAGAAGCCUCAUGCAGGCAUGUAAAAGAACCUCCUUCUAAACUUGGCCAAUUAGUGCUUUUUACUUGGGUUUGCCCAGAGGCAAAGUGUGAGUAUAGGGUUUGGCUUUAUUAUUUUUUUUGGUUGUUUUUCUUUUAAUAUGAUAAUCAGGAUAAAUUGUACAUUUUUAAGCUGAUUAAUUACCGAAACAAUAAGAGUUUUUUGUUGCAUUUUUGCAAACUCUGGAAUAUUUUCAGUGGAUGAGUAUCUCAGUGAAGGUUUCCCCAUCAACCCUGGGCAGGAUUCUCUCUUAAGUUCUGGUGGUCAGCUUUUUUAGUGUAAACCGUAUCAAGUCUUUUUGUUAAUUCUUUUUUAUUUGCCUGCUCUGUCUCUCUCUCUCUCUCUCUCUCUCUCUCUCUCGUUUCCAUCCUCAUCAUCUUCAUAGCAGCUUCCUUCAAUGUUCAUUACCUCCAUCAUAAGUAAUUCGGUUGCUCCCCUCUUUUUAUGCUGGUCAGCUCAGUUAAGCACCUCAAAGGCAUUAUAUUCUAAAAAAAUAAAACGAUACAUCAAGCAUGAGAAGGGUGUUAUCAGACCUUUAAAGGAAAAUAUGAUGCAGAUCAUUAAUUUCACUUGAAAUAUGUGAGUACACAGUGUAAUUGAACCAGCAGAACCUGCGGAACCAUUAACUUUUUGUCAAAAAAACGUUAAAGAAAUAAAAUUAAAACUAAAAACACCUUAACACUGUUCGAGAUUUCGUUUUCGGGUAUAAAGAAGAUAACCUUAAAAGAGAAAUAUGUGAUUUUUUAAUCUACCCUGCCGUUUAACCACAAGAACCUCAAGCUCUCUGCAAGGUAUUUGCAUAUUUUAAUAUGCAAAUAUGUUCACGUUGCGCAAGGAGUGAAAUAUAAGGAUUCGGAUGGCAAUUAACUAUCGCUUUCUCAACUUUAAAAAGUUCUGGACUAUUCUUGAAUAAGAACAAAUUAAACUCCCUCAAAUAGUUGUUCUUUUGUAUCGUGUGAAUUUUUUGGGCUGAUUUAGGUCAAUUUAGCCAUUGUUUAAUUCAUCUGCCUCGCCCUCUACAUAGUCCUUUCUAAGAUACGUCUGUGAUUAACGCCAACCGAAUGAAUUUACUGGAAGCAAAACGCUGAAAACUCGCUCCAGACACCCUGAUCUAGCACCACGGGCGAUAAUGUUACUUUAUGCACGUGUUCGUCAUUCCUGGAGGACAAUGAAUUCCAGCCUAAGGGUUUGCUAAGAGCAUUCGGAUUAGGCGUUAUUCGGAUAUCGCGGUACCCAAACAAUUAGAGGCCAGGGUAGGUGACUGCUGAAUGCUCCUUAUUACAUUACGUACUCUUGUACUGGUACUGUGAAUGUCGCCACAAUUAAAGCUGGAAGUCAAGGAUAAUUAAAACAUAUUUUUCUUGUACAGUAUUCUUCUUUAAACCCGUUGACGAAAUUUAGACAGUGUUCAGAUCUUUCUAGUUUUUAUUUUUCUGAUCACUUUUCUUUACCCAACUCAAUGGAGAAUAAUGCAUAAGCACGCGCAGAUACGGUAUUUGUCUUCUCGUGUUCAACUCGAUAUCUAACUUGUUCGCUGCCCUCACGUGUAAGAUGUUGAGUUAAACACGAGGAGAGAAAUUUCUACAUCUCCAAAUAAUCAUGAAUGUUUAGUUGUUUUUUUAGAAUAACACCAUAGGCAGUUACUGACAUGUUACACGACAUGGUCACUGGAAUUUCGGUUGGGUACGUUUGACACCGGAACAACUAUCGUACGGAUAUGUUUUUAGGAUGGUCAGCAACUAGUUUGUCUGACAAAAACGGCUACAGACCUGCUAACUAACAGGAAAACAUUGGAAAGCGCAUUUGAUAUUUAAUAGAUAAUUACUACGUCCUCGGCUGCCUGCAUUAUAUCCAGUAUUGCUGGGAGCCUCUGCAAUUAUCUAUCAGAUCUUAGUUACAUUAAAAUCUGCUUUAUCCUAAGGAGGAGAUGUCAUCAUCGUUAUCGGGGGAGAUGACAACUACAAAGGUGAUGACGAAGAGAACCGAGAAGUUAUUUCACGUUGGGGGGAAGAGGAAGGUUUCCUCACAGUUCGGCGAGGAGUGUCUUGAUGGUAGAAAGAGCUUCAUAUUUUCUUGGAACAAACAACAUCGAGUGAUUCACGAACAAGCUCUGCGGCAUCACUUUGACCCAAACAAGAAAGGACAAAAGUUCCAUUAUCAGCGGCAAUUUCCACACCAAGAAUCAAAACCUGGACCUGAAUUGCGAGCAACAUUAACUGAGUUAGGAAUCCCGCAGGGACCAAAAACCCAAAAGUCCCCUACAUGCACACUCAAAAGUUCCUCGCGUCGCGAUGAAGCCACCUCAGCGAUAGAAGCGGUAAAAGGAAGGCAGACUGGUACCUACGGUAUUGGCGUCAACAGUACUGAGUGCGGUGGCAGACACAGGAGGUUGGUAGAACCUUCACUCAAUAAUCAGAGUUAUUAUGCUGGAGAAACCCUGCCGUCAGUUUCUGGAGGAAUCAAAGGUUAGAACUAACGUCAUUAACCGUGUACAGGGGGAGAUUUUUUCAUUUCAGGCACAGAUCACGAAAAACACAUCUGUAGUUAACACAUUUACGAGAGAAAUAUACUUAAGAUUACACGAUGCUAUUAAUCAAAUAACUUAAGUCUCACAAUCGUGCAACACUCGUUUUUUAAAAUUCACAUAGAACAACUAUUCUCGCCAUCGUAGAUAGAUGCAAACUAUACUAGUGCUUAGCUAAAGUGUGACGUUUUCUGUAAGUCAUUGACCAAUGAAAUUCUGUUUGCUCAGUUCGUGUCCAACGUAAUGACCGUUUCGCAUAGUUAAGAAACUGUUAAAAUAUGUGGUCCGCUCCUUAGAUUUUGCAAUUCUUGGCUGUAAUGUGUCACGUGAGUCCUUAGAAGAUGCGAAAAAAGUUUUUAACAAACUUCGUCCCAGCCUUCACUUCUCAGAAGAACCUUUUGUUGACAACCUUCAAAGUACGAAAGUCGAAGUAUUUCUGAGGGACAAUCACUUCAUAUUCUCUGUGCUGGUCAUGGACGGUUCUACAACGAGUGAUUCUUAUGACAAACAAAGAUGGAUGGAAUGUCAACGACUUGUAGAAAAUAUAAAGGAUAAAGUUGGUAUGUUAUCUAAGUGCCUGCAGUGAUUAUGUGUAGUCCUUUGUCACACUCGUUAUAUCAUCAAAUACUUAAAACCUCUUGCUUUAUUAUUUUCCUACUUUCUCCUGCUGCAAUCGUUUUGUCGUCAAGCCAGAUCACCUCAAUUUAUUUGGUGAGCUUUUCAGUAUCAAAAAUGCUGUGGAAACAAAAAUUUAAAAGCUCUGAGCCCUUUCUAUAGACUAUAGAAUUUGAAGAAAUUCUUCGAAACACGACUAAUACGAAUCCUGUGUCAGCUGUCUACGCGGCUUGCCAGUGCUUUUCAUGCAUAUUCGAACCACUAAAACUAAAUUCUUUACAAAGCAGUACGUUUGGUAUUGAAUCAGUUUUUAACUAAAUUGGCGGGAAAGAAUGAGCUUUUAACAUUCUCUAAACUAAAGUGAAAUAUACCGUAGCGAUUGAAAUGCGAACUUAAAUCCUUUCUCACUCUCUUUUUUUCACAGCCCUGAGGGUCAUCCUCUUGAUUUGCCACCGCAACCCUUCUAAUUCAUCCGUGAAAGGCGACAGUAGAUACAACGAUUUCAUCGCACGAAUCAGCAGAAUAGAAAAGACGUUUGUUAUGGAGGUGAACAAUGGAGAGCUGGCCGUCAAUGAAGAUAUCAUGGUCGAACUAUUGACGCCUCCAGUGACAGCAUCCAUAACAAAUAAACAGAUGGUCCGGUCAAGAGGCUCUCUAGAAAUGGAGGCAAACGCUGCACAUACGUCAAGAGAAGUGUCUCUAAAAAGAUAUUCUUCAGAAAGGAAAAGCAUCCAUGAAAAAGUCGCUCAAAAUCCCCCGCAGCUGGUAUGGUUGUCACAAUUCUAAGUUAAAUCCCCUCCCGUUGUUUUACUGAGAGGUUUCGCUCGUUAUAGAAAGAUACCUGAUGGGUAUCAGAUAGGUGACCUUCAAAUAUGGGAUCCCAAAUUUAAAAUUCCCGCUCACAUACAAGAGACGCUGCUUGAAAACCUCCGCAACACACCUUUGAUUGGAGUGUUAGUCAUUAAGCACAGUGAUGGCACAAUUGAGUGUUUCACUGAUCCAAAGUUAAAAGAAUUUUCGUUGGACGGGGAAGUACAGCUUGCUGCCGAUGAACAACUGAUAUUAAAAACUCGUGUUUGCAACGGAGAGGUGUCUUUUGAAGAGGCUGAUGUACAGUUUAAGUAUGGAAACAAAUGUAUCCCUCAACACAUUAUCAAUGGUUUUAAAGCUCAGCAUAAAAAGCCUAAUGGUGACCUGUACAUUAUUUCAGAUAACUCAGACAAUUUUCGAUGUGUAGUGAAAAGUCCAAAUAAUUUAAAAAAAUUAGCAAGAAUGGCAAAGGAAGAUUUUCAACCACUGUCGACGAAUAAAUGGUAUAGAAUUUUUUAAACAUUAUUUCUGUUUUUGAGAUUUGAGAUUUGAGAUUUGAAAUGCUCAUCGUAAUCAAUCAGCCUAUUCGGAUGCAAUUUCUCACAUAAAUGGUUUCAAAGCAUCCUGCUUUGCUCUCAGAAUUGUUUGUAUGUAGGCGUGCUUAUGAAUAUGGUUGUUUAGACUUCCUCAACAACUACUUGCCGUGGCCUACUUGCCACCCCGAGGAUUUAAGAAUGGUGUUUAGAAACCGAGAGCGAAUUUUUUUUUUCAUAACGUUCCUUUUAGUCGUCUUUCGGGAACAACCGAAUAACUAUAUCUCUUUUUCGAAGACGAUUUAAGGACUUAAAUAUAUAUUUUUGUAGAUAAGUCAGUGCUGAAAUUAAAUUGCUGCCCUGGAAUGAGUGACAGCCGAAAUUCGACUGUAGCUGUUACCGACAAAUCUGAUUUUCACAUUUAUUGUAAUGUUCAUACCUGUAGAUGUAACAUAGCAUAAACAUGUAUUUACCUUCUGGAAUUUAUAAAUUUGUAACACCUGAGAUCAAGGAACAGAAGAGUUGUGAGCUUACACUCACUAUAGACUGUCUGGGACCUGAUUGCUGCAACCCUUGUGUAGGUUAAGUUUCCCCCCGAGUAAUUUUGAAAUAUGAAAUUAAAAAUAAAAUCUCC